GAUUGGGCGUGGCUAAUCUAACUAUUAUUGAUUAUAAUGAUAAGGUGCUUUAUUUCUUCUUCUCGUUCCGCCUUAUUCUCAUUUGUAAAGUCCCCAUCCUUCACCAAUAAGACCAGAUCCAUGAGUGCAGCCGCUGGGUAUCUCAUUAAUGAUCCCAAAUACUCCUGGCUGAAGGAGCUGGGGCUGGAAGAGACUAACAAUGGGGUAUUUGAUGGCAGGAAAUGGACCGGGAAUGGAGAGUUGAUAGUGUCAGAGUCUCCUGCUACUGGCCGACCAAUUGCUUCUGUAAAACAGGGUUCAUUAGCUGACCUAAACACAGCUGUUGCUAAUGGUACUGAAGCAUGGAAGGUCUGGCGAGAGAUCCCUGGACCAAAAAGAGGGGAAAUAGUUCGUCAAAUAGCACAAGGACUCAGAGAAAAACUGGAUCUGCUGGGAAAGCUGUUGUCGCUAGAGGUUGGUAAGAUACACGUCGAAGGAGUUGGAGAAGUCCAAGAAUAUAUUGACAUGUGUGACUUUGCUGUCGGACUCUCUCGUAUGAUUGGAGGACACAUCUUCCCAUCAGAGAGGCCGGGUCAUAUGUUAAUGGAGCAAUGGAAUCCAUACGGGCUAGUCGGAAUCAUCACGGCUUUUAACUUUCCUAUAGCUGUCUUUGGUUGGAACCAGUCCCUUAGCUUAGUGUGUGGUAACUGUACUGUAUGGAAGGGAGCUCCCAGUACUCCGUUAACUCAGAUAGCAGUCAGUAAGAUAGUAGAGAGAGUGUUGACAAGUAACGCUAUACCAGCUGGAGUCUGUACUAGUGUGUGUGGUGGGUCUGAUAUCGGAGAGUCAAUGUGUAAAGAUAAAAGAAUUAAUGUACUAUCAUUUACUGGAAGUACUCAAGUUGGUCGUAAAGUAGGUGUGAUGGUCCAGGAAAGGUUCGGUAAGAGUAUACUGGAACUGGGAGGUAACAAUGCCAUACUGGUUGAUGAAACUGCUGACGUGGACAUGGUCGUCAAAUCAGCACUUUUUGCAGCUGUUGGAACAGCAGGACAACGCUGCACAACAACAAGAAGACUGAUAUUACACGAAUCAGUUUAUGACGAAAUUUUGAAAAGGUUAAUUAAAGCUUAUGGACAAGUGAAGAUAGGAGAUCCAUUGGAUGAGGGAGUGUUGUAUGGUCCACUACAUAAUCAAGCAGCUGUUGAUACUUAUGUAGCCACAAUAAAAGAAAUAAAGGAACAAGGAGGAACUAUUGAGUGUGGUGGAAAUGUAAUAAACAGAGAAGGUUAUUAUGUUGAGCCUACAAUAGUCACUGGCCUACAGCACGACAAUGAAUUGGUAAUGAGGGAAACCUUUGUACCGAUACUGUACAUAUUGAAAUCAACUUCAAUUGAUGAGUCCAUUAAAUGGAACAAUGAAGUAGAGCAAGGGUUAGCAUCAUCACUAUUCACACAGUCCAUUGAAAGGAUGGCAAGAUGGAUGGGUCCAACUGGUGCUGAUACUGGUAUUGUCAAUGUUAACAUUCCAACUAACGGAGCAGAAAUAGGCGGAGCAUUUGGUGGAGAGAAAGCAACGGGAGGAGGACGUGAGUCUGGGAGUGACGCCUGGAAACAAUAUAUGAGACGAUCUACUUGUACCAUCAAUUACAGUAAAGAACUUCCACUAGCACAAGGCAUCAAGUUUGAAUAAACUGUUACUAAAAAUAACUUGUAACUAUAAAUAACUUAUCAUUUGUUCUGCUAGUUAUUAAUAAAGGUUAUUAAGUAGUUAUUAAAUUUAGUUAUUAA